AUGGUGCUCGUUCUUGCUAUUGGCGAUUUGCAUAUUCCUCACAGAAGCUAUGGUCUUCCCAACAAAUUCAAAAAGCUGCUUGUUCCCGGCAAGAUUCAAAAGAUAUUGUGCACAGGCAACACUGUAGAUAAAGAGACAUUUGACUAUCUAAGAACGAUUGCAGGCGACAUUGUUGCUGUCAAGGGCGAUUUUGAUGAAAUCAGCAGCAAUUUACCUCAAGCUAAAGUGAUCACAGAAGGACAGUUGCGUAUCGGUAUCAUCCACGGCCACCAAGUGAUCCCCUGGGGAGAUGCUGAAGCCUUGGACAUUACAGCCAGACAGAUGGAGGUCGAUGUGUUAUUGUCUGGACACACGCACAAAUUUGAAGCUUACGAGUACAAUGGAAGAUUCUUUAUCAAUCCUGGAAGUGCUACUGGUGCUUAUUCUUCUAUACCUGAGGCCAAUGAGCCUGUCCCUUCCUUUGUCUUGAUGGAUAUUCAAGGGAGUUCGGUCGUUACUUAUGUCUACAAGUUAAUAGAUGAUGAGGUCAAGGUUGAAAAGUUGGAGUACAAGUGCUCCACUGAUACGAAAAUGUUGUGA